AAUUCAGGCUGCAAUCAAUCAAUCAUCAUAUAUUCAUCACUCCAUCUUCAUCUCUCCUCUCCCUCAUUCCUAGAGAGAGAGCAGAGCUAGCAACUUUCAUACGCAAAUUGUUUUAAUUUUGAUGUUUUUUUGUUUCAAUUUUCACUGUUUUCCAGGAAUUUUUGCUGACUGGAGUGUGUUUACUUUGAUUAUACACUGAGAGGGCCGCGACGCAGAUGAAUUGCUGGGAGAAAAUGGCGAUUCCGAUGCGGAAAGUUUGGAUCGGAGUAUCCAGAAGGUUCGGGUUUCGCAAAACAGGGCUCAUCAAACUUGACAAAGACGUGAGGACAUGUGAGUACGAGGAUAUCCAUAUCUUAUGGGACUUGCUGAAGAGGAACGAGGCAGACCUCGCCAGAAGCAGAAAGAGCCGUUCUAGGAGGUUCCAAUGGCCGCAAUGCUCCUCUUUGCUUCGCCACUGAUCUCAUCUGCUCCUGCUUUUGGAGUUUUGAACAAGCAUACAUAUGCAGUGUGUGUGAGCUCUGAAGAUCAUACCAUUUUGCUGUCUCUUACAGUAAAUCAAUGUCCUCUUUUCUCUUGUGUCAUUGAAAUGUGAAGAUGUGAAAAAAUGUCCUAUGAUGUUUCUCCCCACCCUCAACAGAAGUUUCUCUUUCUGGUUCUUUUUAUGUUGAAGGGAUGCUGGGGAUGGCUAUGUAUAAUGUUAUGGUGGCUCUCCAACUGUAUGUUUGUUGGAAUCAAAGAGCCCCCUCCCAUUUCUUGGGAUGUUGUAAUAAACUUUUCUGUUGUUUCCUUUUUUUA